AUGGGCUUUUAUGUCUAUGGCAUCUACAUGCGUCCGCAACAGCAAAAGGACUCAUACAAGAAGAAAGAUGAGGGCAAAGCUCAGGAGAUAUCGUUAGAUAAGCUGUACGUCCACGCUGCGGACACCCUGCGCUACGAGCAGCCAGAGCCGUACAAUCAAGAGCUCAUUGACACUUUGCGCUUACAAUCCGCUGCGUACCUUCCCGGCGCUUCGCUCUCUGACAUCUAUGGGCAUUUUCGCAAGAACGCCGGGAGUCUCCUUGGUGCUGGAGGCGAACUCAUUGAGGAGGGUCACAACUGCGGUUCCAAAACCGACUGGUGUCUGAUCACCAACGAUGAGUUACUCAAUAGUAUCGAAAAUAGGUCCGAACCAAUUGUGCCAAUGUCGCUAGAAGGUGCGAUGCCCUGGACUCUAACGCGCAACGCCAGCAAGGUGUUUGUCAAGCUAUUUAGUAAGGACGAGUUUACAACGACGGAGCUCAGAGUUCUUGCAGCACAGGGCCAGACUGGACCUGGUCAAAGGACCGAGUGGCAUGGCUGGUGCAAAUUCUCACCCGUGCAUCUAAUGUCCGUCUUCAAUGAGACGGACAAAGGUGAUGUAGUGUCGCAUGCCAAGCGCUUUCAUGAACCUAAACUCUGUUACUAA